AUGCAAGAAUAUUUCCAGACCACAGCUUCAUCUCGACCAAAGCCCUUUGAAAUUUCUAUAGUUAAUUCAUCUCAAGAUAAAACUUUGCGAAUCUCACAAACAUUUGAUGUAGAGAAAAUUUAUAGUAAUGUGUCUGCUCAAAAAAAGGCAGCUAGUUCUAAAAUAGAUGUAGAAAAAAAAAUUAAAGAACUGGAAGCUGUAUACAACUUUACUACUGAUUUGCAGCUCUGUCAUGAUUUAUAUGCUAGGAUCAUAAACCUCAAAUCUAAACUUAAAGAAUAUGAACAAAAACUACAUAAUCUAAAAAGAAAUGCCGAAUACCAAGCUAAAUGCCAAUCCAAAAAAAUUAAGGCAUUAGAAAAAGAACAAGUGGUAAUUCGAUAUGAUGCAUUUGGAAAACUGUCAAUUUUGCUUCAGAAUUCAGAAUUACUCGAUCAUAUCCAUAAUUCAGUAGAGUAUAGAUUAGCUGAUGCAUGUAGACACAAAGAAGCUGUGGCUAGUGUUUCCCAUAAUGAAACAAAAGAACAUAUUGAUGGACACUAUUGUCUUGCCUCAGUUAAAGGAGUAAGACAAUUUGCACAUGCCUUUUCAAAUGUUUCUGUAAUCAUCUCUCAGGAUGAUAAAGCAAAAAUAGGUCUAGGAAUACCAGCAGUUGGUAGAACAUUUCGCACUUUACAGUCUGUAUCUGAACCGGUUCAACUACCUGACCAUGACUUUACAUGUGGAAGUAACCAAAAACUUAUUCCAUCUGUUUAUCUUAUAAUUAAACCAAAUGAAGAAAGUAAUGACCUUCGAACAGGACAAGUAGUAAUUUUUGUUAGACCCCAGUGGUCAAUUGGCACAUCAUCUGUUAUUCACAUGAAAGAUCUUAUUUCUCUUGCAUCAAAUAAUCAAUAUUCAGAUGCCCUAAAAACAAAUAAUGAGAUAAAGCUGAUUUGGUUUUUGUUAGUUGAUGGGGGUUCUGAUGAGAAUCCUAGGCAUUUUAAAAACAUUGAGUCGUAUUGUAAGUUGUUUAAACAAUUUGAUCUAGAUUAUUUGACUAUACGAACUCAUGCUCCAGGACAAUCAAAAUAUAAUCCAGUUGAGAGAGGUAUAUUGACACUUUCAGGAAAGUUAGCUGGGAUCGUCUUGCCGAUAGAUCAUUUUGGAAAGCAUCUUAAUAGCCAGGGCAAUGUUAUUAAUACUAACCUAGCAGCUCAAAAUUUCAAUUAUGCUGGAACAAUGUUGUGUGAUAUAUGGUGUUAUGAUUCUAUUUUUGAAAAGCAUGUAAAUGCAACAUAUAUUGAUAAAGCCACUGAUCCGUUUGUGAAUCUUGAAUUUACUUUCGAAAAUAAAAAAGAAAAAGAAUAUAAUAAGAAAAAACAAACAAAUAAAAAACAAAAUAAUGAAAAGAAUGACAUAUCUUGUAUUUUCAUUCCAUGGAAUUGGAUUGAAAAGCAUUGUAAUUUAUGUCACUUUUUUCUACCUGUUACCAAAGCCAAAGAUGGUUAUUAUAUAAACCCUGUUCAUCUUCUUCAGUAUUCUAAACAGCUUAAAGUUCCUAAAUAUAAUGAACAUUGCCCAUCUAUUAAAACAAUGUAUUCUCGGCUUUGUUGUCCACCAGGAAGCACAGAAUCUGUAGUAGAAGCUAUAGUAAUUACUAAUGCUAUAACUUUAGAAGAUUUUAGUAUACUCCCUUCACAAAAAAACAAAGAUUAUGAUUUUUUGAUUAACAAUUCCAGAGAAUGCUUUUCUGAUAUAGAAGUUUAA